CUGUGCAUUUUCUCCCGAAUCCAAUCAAAGGAAGCAAAGAACGAGGCCGUUCUUGUCGCAUCUUUGUGGUCUUCUGCAUUCCUAUUCCUACACCGUACAUCCAUCACCCCACCACGGGCUCAUUCCGCGACUCCCCUCCAGAGGACCGUCUAUUGGCUGGGCCGUUGGAUCCUCGAAAAGCCCACUCAAGAGCUUUGCUUGCAUAUACGCCCAUCGAGCCAAAUCUACGACAGCACAAGUGCAUCGAUACACGGGCGCCAUACCCAGACCGCAGCCAUGAAGAAGAACGACGUCAUCGCCAUCAUUGUCAUCAUCUUGUUCUUGGUCCUGGCCGGUGUCGCCUUUGGCAUUGCGACUCUUGUGCACCAGUUCCGCAGGCAAACAGACGGCUCGCACAGUGGAAGCAGCGGCAGCAGCAGUAGCAGCGACGAGUAA